AUGGAGUCUAGUAGUAUCCUGGAUUCUCUCGGAGUAGAGAUAAUCGGCGUGAUGGCUCCGGUCUCCAUCUGCAUGUUCCUCGUCGUCCUUCUCACCUACUCUCUCUCCGUCACCUCCGACCUUCAGAUCCGCAGCGCCGCCAACCUCGUGUACAUGGAGAAUCCCUCUGACUCCACCACCGUCAAGCUCGAAGGCAGCCUCGCCAACGCCAUCGUCUUCGUCGUCCUCGUCGCCGCCGUCACUUUCGUCAUCGUUCUCCUCUUCUACUACAAGUUCACCAAUUUCCUCAAGCAUUACAUGCGCUUCUCCGCCUUCUUCGUCCUCGGUACGAUGGGAGGCGCAAUUUUCCUGUCGAUUAUCCAACAUUUCUCCAUCCCUGUUGAUUCCAUCACCUGCUUCAUAUUGCUCUUCAAUUUCACGAUUCUGGGGACUUUGUCUAUGUUCGCCGGUGGGAUACCGAUUGUGCUGAGACAGUGUUACAUGGUUGCUAUGGGGAUAGUUGUAGCAGCUUGGUUCACUAAAUUCCCUGAAUGGACUACUUGGUUUAUGCUGGUGGCUCUAGCUUUGUAUGAUCUGGUUGCUGUUUUGGUUCCUGGUGGGCCACUUAAGCUCUUGGUGGAGCUGGCUUCGAGCCGCGAUGAGGAACUCCCUGCCAUGGUUUAUGAAGCUAGGCCUACUGUCUCGAGCCACCAAGGGAGAAACCGUGGCUCUAGCUUAAGGGCUUUGGUUGGUGGUGGUGGUGCGGUUUCAGAUUCUGGAUCAGUAGAGCUGCAAGCAGUUGGGAAUCAUGAUGCAACUCGUAACGUGGAUUACAAUGCUAUUGCGGUGAGGGAUGUAGACAAUGUAGUUGAGAGGUCACCACCUGUGGUUGAAAUUCCAAGGGAAGGGCACUUUGCAUCUGCUGUAUCAUCCUCUGAGCUCUCAACAGCAGUCGGAAGCAGAGGAGAAAUUGUUGUUGCAGACGAAGAAAUGUCUCCUCUGGUUGAGUUGAUGGGUUGGGAAGACAAUAGGGAAGAUGAGAGUUUUGAAAAAGGAAUCAAGCUUGGUCUUGGAGACUUUAUAUUCUACAGUGUGCUUGUUGGUAGAGCAGCAAUGUAUGAUCUGAUGACGGUGUACGCGUGUUACCUUGCGAUCAUCUCGGGACUUGGGUGCACUCUUAUUCUGUUGUCAGUGUACAACAGGGCUCUUCCUGCGCUUCCCAUAUCCAUCAUGCUGGGUAUUGUUUUUUACUUCUUGACGAGAUUGUUGAUGGAGCCGUUUGUUGUGGGGAUGGCUACAAACUUGAUGAUGUUCUGA